CCAACGAAACGACGAAAAUACGCAUCGUUACCUCUCUGUUGCGUGGUUGAUGCAAACACCUGAUAAGAACUUCACAGUUUUUUCAUCUCUCGCUGCUCUGAAUGGAAGCGGUGACGGAAUCACUGCUUCCCUCAAGAAUCAUGGAGCAAGAGCUUCUUCCUGUUUCUGUUGUUGAUGCUGUUUCUUCUUCUGCUUUGGAGGAACGUUCGAAUCCAUCAGAUGCUGUUAUCUUCUUUGGCCUCAGUUUGGCUUUGGGGAUUGCUUGUAGGCACCUCUUGCGUGGGACCAGAGUUCCUUACACUGUUGCCUUGCUCAUCCUUGGCAUUGCCCUUGGAUCCAUAGAAUAUGGUACACAUCAUCGGCUGGGAAAGAUUGGGGAUGGAAUUCGUAUUUGGUCAGAGAUUAAUCCAGAACUUCUGUUAGCUGUUUUUCUUCCUGCUCUCCUUUUCGAGAGCUCAUUCUCAAUGGAAGUUCACCAAAUUAAGAAGUGUAUUGCACAAAUGAUCAUACUAGCUGGUCCAGGUGUUGUGCUUUCGACCAUUUGUCUUGGAUCUGUUUUGAAGCUUACCUUUCCAUAUAACUGGAGUUGGAAAACAUCACUGUUGCUUGGGGGACUUCUGAGUGCAACUGAUCCUGUUGCUGUUGUGGCUUUGUUGAAAGAUCUUGGUGCAAGCAAAAAAAUAAGUACAAUAAUUGAAGGGGAAUCCUUGAUGAAUGAUGGGACGGCUAUUGUGGUUUAUACACUAUUCUAUCGAAUGGUUCUGGGAGAGACCUUCAAUUGGGUUGCCAUAAUCAAAUUUCUAGCACAAGUUUCACUUGGAGCUGUAGGAAUUGGCCUUGCUUUUGGGAUAGCAUCUGUUUUGUGGCUUGGGUUUAUUUUUAAUGAUACAGUGAUAGAGAUUUCUCUAACACUUGCUGUUAGCUACAUUGCUUACUUCACUGCUCAAGAGGGUGCAGCUGUAUCUGGUGUUUUGACUGUGAUGGCAUUGGGAAUGUUCUAUUCAGCAUUUGCAAGGACAGCCUUUAAGGGGGAAAGUCAACAAAGCUUACAUCACUUUUGGGAAAUGAUUGCUUAUAUUGCUAAUACAUUAAUUUUCAUUUUGAGUGGUGUUGUUAUAGCUGAAGGAAUACUUGUUGAUGACAAAGUUUUUUAUCAUGGAAAAUCAUGGGUCAACCUCUUGCUUCUCUAUGUAUAUGUUCAAGUGUCUCGAUGCAUUGUAGUUGGAGCAUUAUUUCCCUUUCUAAGAUAUUUUGGAUAUGGUUUGGAAUGGAAAGAAGCUAUUAUUCUCAUCUGGUCAGGAUUACGAGGAGCAGUUGCCUUGUCACUUUCUUUAUCAGUCAAAAGUUCCAGUGGCAGAUCAAUUGAAUUGACUCCAGAGACGGGAACACUGUUUGUUUUCUUCACUGGUGGAAUUGUGUUUUUAACACUUAUAGUGAAUGGUUCAACCACACAGUUCAUUUUACACUUCCUUGACAUGGAUAAGUUAUCAGCAGCUAAGAGACGUAUCCUUGAUUUUACAAAGUAUGAAAUGUUGAACAAAGCAUUAGAGGCUUUUGGUGAACUUGGAGAUGAUGAGGAACUCGGGCCUGCUGACUGGCCCACAGUGAAGAGAUAUAUCUCCUGCUUAAAUGACAUUGAAGGUGAACGUGUUCACCCUCAUGGUGCAUCUGAAAGUGAUAAUAAUCUGGAUCCUAUGAAUUUGAAAGAUAUACGAGUACGGCUUCUAAAUGGUGUCCAAGCUGCUUACUGGGAGAUGCUUGAUGAAGGAAGAAUUUCUCAAAAUACAGCUAGUAUCCUAAUGCUAUCAGUAGACGAAGCAAUAGAUUUGGUUAAAUAUGAGCCUCUAUGUGACUGGAAAGGUUUAAAAGCUAAUGUUCACUUCCCAAAUUACUACAAGUUCCUCCAGUCUAGUAUGUUACCACCGAAACUAGUGACAUACUUCACUGUGGAAAGGUUGGAAUCUGCAUGUUAUAUCUGUGCUUCAUUUCUUCGUGCCCACAGAAUUGCUCGACAACAGUUGCAUGACUUCAUAGGUGACAGCGAUGUUGCUUCUGCUGUCAUCAAUGAAAGUGUUGAAGAAGGAGAAGAAGCACGGAAGUUCCUAGAAGAUGUCCGUGUAACAUACCCUCAGGUUUUGCGUGUUGUAAAAACAAGGCAAGCAACAUAUGUAGUGCUAAAUCAUUUAAUUGAAUAUGUUCAAAACCUUGAGAAGGCUGGAAUAUUGGAAAAGAAAGAAAUGCUACAUCUUCAUGAUGCUGUCCAGACUGAUUUAAAAAAAUUACUUAGAAAUCCUCCUUUGGUUAAGCUUCCUAAAAUAAGUAGUAUACAUCCUAUGUUGGGUGCUCUGCCAUCUUCAGUUCGUGAACCACUUGCAAGCAGUACCAGGGAAAUGAUGAAAUUGCGUGGUUUGACACUUUACAAGGAAGGUGCCAAAUCAAAUGGUAUUUGGUUAAUUUCUAAUGGAGUGGUGAAGUGGGAAAGCAAGACGAUAAGAAACAAGCACUCUUUUUAUCAAACUUUUACUCAUGGGAGCACAUUGGGUCUUUAUGAAGUGUUGACCCGAAGACCAUAUAUUUGUGAUGUCAUCACAGAUUCCAUGGUAUUCUGCUUUUUUCUUGAAGCUGAUAAGAUAAUUUCAUGCCUCAAAUCAGACCCUUCCGUGGAAGACUUCCUGUGGCAGGAAAGUGCGAUUUUUCUUUCCAAACUAUUGCUUCCCCAGAUAUUUGAAAAACUGGCCAUGCAAGAUUUAAGAGCUCUUAUUGCCGAACGAUCGGAAAUGACCAUAUACAUAAGAGGAGAAACAAUAGAAAUCCCUCUUCAUUCAGUUGCCUUCUUACUAGAAGGAUAUGUCAAAACUCAAGGUCGUCAAGAACUGGUAACAGCUCCAGCAGCCUUGCUUCCUUCAUAUGGGAAUCUAAGCUCCCAAAAUUUGGCAAUUUCAGGUAGCAAGCAAGCUAGUUUUACCCAUCAAGGAUCAUGUUAUCUAGUUGAAACUAGAGCAAGGGUAAUCGUAUUUGACAUGGCAGCAUUUGAAGCUGAUGCUGCUCUUGUUAGAAGGUCAAGUUCACUGUUAUCACUUGGCGUUGAUCAUCCCCAUAGAUCUUUCCGCAGAGAACAUAGUGGUCUUAUGAGUUGGCCUGAACAUUUCUCUAAGCCGAAACACCAUAAGAAGAGUUCUGAAAAGAUUGAGCAACAAACCCAAAGUUUGUCUGCAAGGGCAAUGCAGCUGAGCAUUUAUGGUAGCAUGGUGGACAUCGGUCCCCGGAGUAGAAGUUUGUCAGCCAAUCAUCCUAGACCAUCUCAUAGUUUGUCACAUCCAAACAUGGGGUCAUACCAAGGGCGUCCACUUGUCUCGGUGAAAUCAGAUGGAGCUGCAACUGCCAAGGACCAUGAGGUGAAGAAGGAGUUCACACCAAAUGUUACAAAUCCCCCUUCACAAAGCACAGAAGGAAGAGAACAUCAUAGAGAUGAUUCAAGUGAUGAUUCUGCUGUCGAAGAAGAUAUUAUUGUGAGGAUUGAUUCACCAAGCAGGCUAUCUUUUCGCCAGUCUUGAGGAGGAAGAGCUGAAAAAAUCAGUUAUGAUUAUGCAUGUCUGUAAUAAUUAAUAAAUGGUGCUUCUAUAUCAGCAACGUUGUACAUAAGAACAAACCAUUAAAAUAUGCCACGUGGUCAUUACAAUUGUUCAUGAAAGCUUAGAACUUGUUUGAUUUAUAUUCUCAUAAAUUAGUUUUCUUUUUUCUUUUUUAAAAAAUAAACUGUAUGGAAGUGGCUGUUCUUGGU